UCCACGUACUGGAAUUUACCGUGGAACCUUCCGAUACUGUAGUAGAGGUAGGCCAAUCGGCAGUUUUAGACUGCGUAGUUAAGGCAUCCCACCAUCAGUCGAGUGUCCUUAUACAAUGGCUGGACCAGGAUGGGUCGAAACUUACUUUCAUAGGUGAUUCAUACAGAUCUCAGCUUACAAACGGUUCCCUGUACAUAACUAGUGUUAUAGAAGAGGAAAGACUAACCGGCAAUUACCAGUGCAUGGCAACGUUACCAAAUGUCGGGUCCCUGGUGAGCCGUACUGCCAAAUUGAGCAUAGCUAAUCUUUUGGGUUUCCAAGAGGAGCCCAGCGAUAUAAGCGUCUACCUAGGCCAGCAUGCUUACUUUGCCUGCCGCGUCGUCGGAGUGCCUCCUCCGAAAAUCCGGUGGCUCAAGGACGAACGUCCUAUGGUGCUCGACGACCUCCGGAUGGUCAUCUUGCCGUCAGGUGCCUUGGAAAUUGACGAAGUCGUCGAAUCUGAUCAGGGAUCGUACAGAUGUAAUGCCACCAGCUUGAACUCCCACAAGCUGAGCAACAAAGCUAUUCUGCACAUCAAUGGUGACCAGGAGCAAGCCGCGCACGUUUCGGCUCCUAACUUUAUCGCCAAGCCGCAGCCAGGCACGUAUAUUGAAGGUCAGAAUGUGUCUCUGGACUGCGCCGCUAAUGGCAAUCCAGCGCCUAGUAUUAUGUGGCUCAAGGACGGCUAUCCUAUUGAUUUGAACGAUUUAGACAGUAGAUUCUCACUGGUAGGAACGACGACCUCGUUGAGGAUAACGAGAAUCCACGAAGAAGACGGCGGGACGUACCAAUGUAGGGCUGAGAACCGAGAGGACAGUUUGGAUGAAUCAGCUUUGAUUCACAUACAGGUGCCCCCAAAGUUUCUGAAGAAGCCUCAAGACAAGGUCGAGUUCUUGUCCAAAGACGUAGAGCUGGUGUGCUCCGUUUAUGGGGUCCCAGAUCCGAAGAUACAGUGGUUCAAAAACGGGGAGCUCGUCAAAUAUUCCGAGUAUUACAAGCUGGUCAAUGGGUAUAAUUUGAAAAUUAUGGGGUUGGUGCUGUCGGAUUCCGGAAUCUUCCAAUGCUUCGCCUCCAACGAAGCGGGUAAUAUUCAAGCGGCAGCUAGUUUGAAAGUCCUUCCAAAUCAAGAAACCAUCCCCUCUCCGAAACACGCCCCCUCGAAAAAAAUGCUCUCGCAGCAGUCCAAGUCACUUUUUUCGUCUUUGAAAUCCGAGGCGAAAAUUUCUCGAGGAAGCGACCCCUCUUUCGAUCCCCAUUCCGCGUUCAACUCGCUCAAGAGCAGCGAGACCGAAAUCGAUCCCUUAGGGGACAUCCAGUUUGCUUUUACCCCCUCCCCUGACGAUCCCGUUUCAGCGGCAGGUUCGGGCGGGAAAGGCGUCGCACAAGGAGUCCCGGGCCCCCCACAGGACCUCAGGGCGCCCAUCGUCAAAGCCAGGUUCGUCAUCCUCAGCUGGAAGCCACCCCUGGAGAACGGAGACAGCAUCCAGGCAUAUUCGAUCUACUAUCGGCAGGAGGGUAGCGACAGGGAACGAUUCCAAAACACGACCAGAUCUAAACUGGAAGAGGCCAACAUCGGCAGCCUCUCUCCUGGUCGUGUCUACCACUUCCGCAUAGUUCCCUACAAUGCCAAUGGCGCGGGUGUGUCUUCCGAGGUGCUCACAGUGACCACUCAGUCCGAGGAGCACGUCGCAAGCGCCCCCAGAGACUUUUCCGUAAGGGCCACCAGCCCGAGGAACGUCCAUUUGAGUUGGCAACCACCUGAGACAGCUAAUGGCAGGAUCUUGAGGUACACCGUGUAUUACAUGGAGACGAGCGCUUCGAUAGAACACAAUGUUGACACGUUUGACCUCUCGUACGACUUGAACGGACUCACACCCUUCACGGAGUACAGUGUAUGGGUGGUAGCCGUGAAUCACAACGGCGCAGGAGCUGCCACAGAAGAGAAACUAGUCAGGACUUUCAGUGCUCCGCCUUCUGAACCUCCAUUCAACAUUACUAUCGAGCCUUCCAGUACGAGUAUCACCGUGAGAUGGGAACCGCCCCCUCCGGAAUCCCGUAACGGGGUCAUCCUCGGGUACAAGCUGAAGUGGCGCCGCGCGGGUAGAGGCAAGGGCAAUACGUACACGACGCAACCGAGCGACAGGCAUUACGUCAUCAACGACUUGGAGAAGGGCGCCCCUUACCAAAUCAGAUUGUGGGCGAUGAACAUCAACGGGACGAGUCCUCCGUCGGAGUGGAUUGAGGUUGAGACAUUCCAGAAUGACGUGGAUGAGAGUCGCGUGCCCGAUAAGCCUUCCGUGAUCAGGGUACGACCAACGUACGACGAACUUUACGUCAUGUGGUCACCUCCCUUAAACCAGAACAUCAGGGUGAGGCACUACAUCCUCGGGUGGGGUAAAGGUAUCCCAGAUAUGUACACUCACGAGCUAGAAGAGCGAAAUCGCACCUACAUCAUAAGAAGGCUGGAACCGAACUCGGAGUAUGUUCUGAGUCUGCGCGCCAGCAACCAAGUCGGGGCCGGCGCGCCGAUCUACACGACGGUGAAGACUCAGGUCGAGCCUCCGCCAGAGCCGGUGGUCACGCUGUUCCCGCCGAUGGGGCUGAAGGCGCAGGUGUUGAGCACUACGUCGGUCGUUCUCUAUUGGACCGAUCCCACCCUAAAGCAGAGCCAGUAUGUUAAGGAUAACCGGUAUUAUAUCGUGAAGUACACAGACGAGAAGCAGAGGAGGACUAAAUAUCUCAACGUCACUGAUCUCAACGACACCGGUGGAGUUUUUUCCUCUGAGGUCCUGCUCUACACCAUCAUUGGAGGCUGCGUCCUGGCGGUACUCACGAUAACUGGCGUCGUUGUGUUCUUUUGCUGCAGGCGGAGAGAGGCCACAACGUCCCCCGACAGAAAUAAAAAGGGUUACCAGAAGAGCUCGCAGAACAUCAAGCCGCCCGACCUGUGGAUCCAUCACGACCAGAUGGAGCUGAAAGCGAUGGAGAAGAGACAUUCGCACAACGACGGGGCUAGCAGUAGUGGGGCCCUGACGUUGCCCAGAAGUAUGGGCGGCAAUGAAUACGAACAGCACGACAGCAUCAACACCAACUCGUUGGAUAAGAGGACUUACGUGCCCAACUACGUAGGUAGCGAUGUGCACAGGGGUUCUCUAAAAUCCAAGAAGAUCAAUUUUCCAGGAACCCGUUCCUCAUAGUUUGCCCGCGAGCAGCGGAGGCUACGCCCCUGGUUUGGGCUUCGUCGAAGGAGGGAAAAGACUGCAGGCCCAGGGCCAUCCGCUCAAGAGUUUCACGGUGCCGGCACCGCCCCCCAUAUCCGCUCCGGGCACUCCCCAAUCCAAGCACAUAGUUACAGUUCGGCCCAACACGUCUCCGUACAAAAGGGGGCAGGCGGGCAGCCCGAGCUUGAUGAGCACGCCCCCAUCGCGAAUCAGUGCCUCGAAUCCGCCCCCUCACACUUCCGAGGAGAUCCAGAGACUGCAGCCGUCCCAUUCGACCGAGGAACUCAAUCAAGAGAUGGCGAACCUCGAAGGACUCAUGCUAACCCUGAAUGCUAUCACUUCCAACGAGUUUGAAUGUUGAGUGGAUGCCUUUCGGCCUAAAUAAUGCGCCUUCUGCUUGGCAAAGGGCGCCGGUUUCAAGGUUAUGGUUAUUUCUGACUUUUGACAGAAUGCAGUGGGGUUUUAACGUACUAAUUAGAGCUAAUCAAAGGUAUGCUCGAGGGUGGAGAAAAUGAGACGUUUGAGAGUUUUUUCGUGCUUUCAUCAAAGCAGGUUUCUUUGUGAAAUGUAUUCGGAAAUCUAUGUCAAGAAAACUAUGUUUUUACUCUCUGUUACAACUAAAAAGAGAAAUUGAAAAAUUUCAGAGUGAUUUGACCCAUAGUAGGUCUCUCAAAGUAACUCGUGAUGGGUGAAGCUAUGGGGGAAAAAAUAUCUUUGAGCUAAAAAAAAUAUCCGUGCUCGUAAUUUGUCGGCAUAAAAAUGUUGGUUUACUUUUUUUGAGGACCUCAGCAUACUAAUUUCAGAUAUUCUGUAUGUGGCAUAGAUUUCCGAAUUCGAGUAUCCAUUUAUUCAAAUGGAAUUUCAAGACUGAAUUUGAUUGUUGAUUUUUUUUUGUUUUUAAAAAGUGAGCCAAUAUUGGUGUCUUGUACAACUCAAAUACUCAAAGCACGGUAAGAGAUUGACGAAAUCAUUCAAAAUUGAACUCAAAAUAUAUUUUGGUUGAUUCCCGGGUUUUACCGUGGUCUUCUUUGGUUGUAAUCUCCACGUUUCAACUGCAACAGUCAUUUUCAGUGGCUUGGUCGAAGUACUCUUCUUGACUUCUCAACUGAAACAGUUGACACGUCAUCUGAAACAGUUGACACAUCAUCUGAAACAGCUGAUACGUCAUCUGAAACAGUUGACACGUCAACUGAAACAGUUGACACGUCCACUGAAACAGUUGAUACAACUGAAACAUAUGACACGUCAACUGAAACAGAUGACACGUCAAGUGAAACAGGUGACACGUCAUCUGAAACAGUUGACACAUCAUCUGAAACAGUUGAUACGUCAUCUGAAACAGUUGACACGUCCACUGAAACAGUUGAUACAACUGAAACAUAUGACACGUCAACUGAAACAGAUGACACGUCAAGUGAAACAGGUGACACGUCAUCUGAAACAGUUGACACAUCAUCUGAAACAGUUGAUACGUCAUCUGAAACAGUUGACACGUCCACUGAAACAGUUGAUACAACUGAAACAUAUGACACGUCAACUGAAACAGAUGACACGUCAAGUGAAACAGUUGACACGUCUACUGUAACAGUUGAUAUGACAACUGAAACAUAUGGCAUGUCAACUAAAACAUAUGACACGUCAACUGAAACAUAUUACACGUCAACUGAAACAGUUGACACGGCAUCUGAAACAGUUGAUACGUCAUCUGAAACAGUUGAUACGUCAUCUGUUUCAGCUGUCAACUCAAACAGUUGACAGGUCAAGAAGAGUACCUCGACCAAGCCACUGAAGAUGACUGUCGCGGUCGCAGUUGAAAUAUUUCGAGGUUAAAACCAAAGAAGACCACGGCAAAACCCGGAAACCAACCAAAACAUUGACGCCAACCGUGAAAGCCUACAUUCAAAAUAUAUUUUGAUGGUGCUCAACUUUAACACUGUUCCAGAAUGUACACAAUGGGAGGCAAAGAUGCAUUCGGCACAAUAAAUGCACUGCCUCACUGCCUAAACAUUAAGAAGCCUUCGUAAAAAAUAUUUCCAAUUUACAAUGGCUCCAUUUGAAAAAAUGUUCAUAGUAUUCAAUUUGAGGGUCACUCCCGAGUAACAAGAUUCGAAUUUCUAAUUGUACUUUUUUCUCUGCGUGUCUUUUAAUUCAACGACAGCUAUCAUUUCGGAUAUAGUGAUAUUUUUUAAGUAUACAUUUGUAUGAAUGCGUUUCGGUUCAUAGAAACAUGUACAGGGCGGUCAAAAGAAUCGAGACUUUGAGGGAUCGAAAGAAGGGCCUAAACGAAAAAGAUUCUCUCGACCGUCUUUAAAAGUAAUCUUGCCAAUGGGGGAAAUUUUUAAUGUACUUUAUAAUGAUUCACGUCAUAAGCCGCCAUACUUUUCCAGUCCACUUUAUUUUUGGUGAUAUUAUUUUAAAUAAUGCUUAUCCAUCUAAUAUGAACGGGAGAUGAAAAUUAGUUUUUAUUCGAAUUUUCUAGAAGAGAGCGUUUUUGGUACUAGUCUAACG